CAAACAGAACCUCCUCCUUUUAUAACCACUGCCUGUAGAGGCUCUGCCCCAGCCCUUUUUCCAACCUCUUCCCAAGUCACCUUUUGAGACUUUGGGAGUUGGACACCAUGGGAACCUCAAGUGAUCAGGCUGUAUUGCAAGCUAUCUUCAACCCCAGCACCCCAUUUGGAGACGUCCUUGGGGUGGACCUGGAAGAGGAAGCAGAGCAGAAUGAAGAUGAGGAUGCAGUUUUCCCCCAAGCACAACUGGAGCAGUCCAAGGCCCUGGAGCUGCAGGGGGUGAUGGCAGCAGAGGCUGGGGACCUCAGCUCAGCCCUGGAGAGGUUUGGCCAAGCCAUCUGCCUUCUUCCCGAGAGAGCUUCAGCCUACAACAACAGAGCCCAGGCCCGGCGGCUCCAGGGGGAUGUGGCAGGCGCCCUGGAGGACCUGGAGCGCGCCGUGGCGCUGAGCGGAGGCCGCGGCCGCGCCGCCCGCCAAGGCUUCGUGCAGCGGGGGCUCCUGGCACGGCUCCAGGGCCGGGACGACGACGCCCGCAGGGACUUCGAGCGCGCGGCGCAGCUGGGCAGCCCCUUCGCGCGGCGCCAGCUGGUGCUGCUCAACCCGUAUGCAGCGCUGUGCAACCGCAUGCUGGCCGACGUGAUGCGGCAGCUGCGCAGUCCCCAGAACGGGCGUUGAGCGCGCUGGAGGGACCGGCGCGGGAGGGGAGCUGAACCAAUAAAGCUGCCGAGCUGAG